UCCUCCUCCUCCUCCAUCCUCUUCCUGCUGCUCCUCCCUCUGUGUUAUCCCAUCCCUCCUCCUAUUAGGGAGCACAGGAAAGCAGUGUGCAUGCCAGAGAACGGAGGGAGCGCAAAACAUUUUUCAAACUUCUGUGGAACACGUGGCGCUUCAAAAUCUACUGUGCUGGCUUGGCCUUAACUGAGGCAAAAAAAGGGAAGAGUAGAGAAAAGGAGGAGGUGCAGGGACAAGGAGCGCCUCAGCAUCGUAAGGAGGAGACACCAAGAGGAGGAAAGAUUCCCCCGAACGCAGUGAGGUUGUCGGAUAAGGAGAAGAGGAGAGCAGAGGGCAUUGGAUAGGCUUUAUCCAGGAUGGCAGCUCCAGAUUUACUGGACCCGAAAUCGGCCACUCACAACACCAAGCCCCGCCUCUCCUUCUCCACAAAGUCCAUCACGCUGACCCCGCGAGAGGAGAGCGAGGUUGUUGCCACGGUGAUGAAAAGGAAGACGGUGACCGCCAUUUUUCUUUUGGUAGUCCUGUACCUGGUGAUGGGAGCUGCCGUCUUCAGGUGUCUGGAACAGCCACACGAGAGCGCUCAACGCUUGGCCAUCUUGUCUCAGAAGCUCAGCUUUCUAGCCAAACAUCCGUGUGUCAACCACAGUCAGCUGGAGGAUCUAGUUAAGCAAGUUGUGUCGGCCAUCCGCUCGGGAGUAAACCCAGCAGGGACGGUUGCCAAUCGCAGCAGCUUGUGGGACCUGAGCUCUGCCUUCUUUUUUGCUGGGACUGUCAUCACAACCAUUGGCUUUGGCAACAUCUCUCCUCAUACAGAAGGGGGGAGAAUCUUCUGCAUCGUCUACGCUCUGCUGGGCAUCCCUCUGUUCGGCUUCCUUUUGGCCGGCGUGGGCGAUCAGCUGGGCACCAUCUUUGGAAAGAUAAUUGCCAGAGUGGAGAAGAUGUUUGUGCACUGGGAUGUCAGUCAGACCAAGAUCCGGGUCAUAUCCACGCUUCUGUUUGUCUUGUUUGGCUGCUUGCUGUUUGUGGCGCUCCCGGCAGCCAUCUUUAAGCACAUCGAGGGCUGGUCCGCACUGGAGUCACUCUACUUUGUCGUCAUCACCUUGACCACCAUUGGGUUUGGAGACUUUGUGGCAGGCGGGUCAGAAAUUGAGUACUUGGACUACUACAAACCAGUAGUGUGGUUCUGGAUCCUGGUAGGGCUGGCUUACUUUGCUGCCAUCCUCAGCAUGAUCGGAGACUGGUUGAGAGUCAUUUCUAAGAGGACCAAAGAAGAGGUAGGAGAAAUCCGUGCCCACGCAGCAGAGUGGACCGCCAAUGUGUCGGCGGAGUUCAAGGAAACACGAAGACGAGUCAGUGUGGAAAUCUACGACAAGUUCCAGCGGGCCGCUUCCAUCAAACGCAAACUAUCGUCUGAGCUCGGCUUUAGCCCGGCACCAGAGCAUGCGCUGCCCCGGAGGUUGGUUUCAGCCAAUCACAGCGAGGAGCGUGAAAAGAGCGAUAAAGAAGCAGGGAUUCAGGGACUGACAUCAACACUGACCAGGAAUUGUGGCUUGUUUAUGAAUGGACUGGACCUGGAAAGAGGAGAUAUGAAAGUUAUUGAACACAUUAAGUAGGAAAAAAAAAGAGUGCUGCUCCACAACACAGUGGAAUUUUAACGACGAGGGACAUCUUUUCCAUACAUUGAGUGAUUACAAGUGCAAGAAGUACUGUUUUUAAUAUUGAGCGGAUGUUCUGCAGUGAGCAUUGACUAUAAGAGAAGAAUAUAAUGUUUCAAGCAUCAGAAAAUCUGGAUUAACUGCAGUAUUUGAACAGAAUUUACAACUGCUGCUCCAAGAUUAUAAGCAGGUUGCUGCUGUUAAAAUUCUCUUGAUCGUAGCUAUAAACCGAAGGUAUUUUUGAAACUUAUUUCUGAUUAUGCUCAUUCCAUAGACCUUAUUGUCACUAACAGCGAGAGGCCACCGUAAUAAUGUUGCUUUCAUAAAGAUUAUAUUUACACACAUUGUUGGAGGUGCAGGUUUGAAAGCAAUUGCCUGCAGUUACUGUGGGGCAGUUUAGUUCAAGCAUCACCGUGCCUUAAAUCUAUUAUUUUAUCAAAAGGUUAAGGAAAGUUGACAUUUAAAUGUGUAUAAGAGUCAAAAAUUAUACAAAUAUACAGUAAGCAUAGAGAUCUGGAGAAUAUUUUCCCACUAAUCCUUGCAAUAGUGAUCCAAAUGUAUCAGAUUGUGAGAGUGUGGCUUGCGCACACUCCACAGACUUAGGUCUGGGCUCAAAUUCCUGCUAUUGUAACACACGUGUGUUCAUUUUUUUACAAGCACUAGUGUACAUACAGUACGGCUUGGAAUCGAUAUGGGAUGGCUCUAAUCUUUUAUAUAGAGUAAAUCUGCACUUUACAGUAUGAGUGUCAAAAAAUACACACACUCAAAAAAAGGCCUCUUCCACCUGCAGUCAAAAAUGCACUUUGAUUCCACAGCAUUUGUUUGUAUUCAGUUUGUUUACUAUUCAUCCCAUUACUUUACUAUUAAGCGCCGACUUUUUGCAAAUCACAAUCAGUAAUUGACUAUUACACAAGACACUGUCUCCAUACUGAAAACUGAAAGGGGUAUUAUUGUUAUUUUUUAACAUUUGCUUUGGUUUACACUGGGUUAUUCUGAUUAUGGUGCUAAAAUGUUACACUGAAAGAAUAUGAAUCAAAACGAAAGUAAGUGAUUAGGACUAUGUUUAGAGUUACAGUAUAUAAUUUAUACAUGUAUAGUGUCUCUAAUAAACCAGAUAGUUCAUUGAAUACUAACAAGCUGAGACAUGAAUGACUUUUUUUUGAGCUGUGCAAAAAUGCUACAAAAUGUUUUUUCUGCCAUAUGUGCCAUGUAAGUUGUUUAUGACGAGUAUUUUUGUACACUGUAUAUUUUCUCGAGGUUGCUUUUGGCGUAUAUCUCACACUGUCUAGAAUGAUGAGUCUGAAUAACGUAAUGUUUUGUAUACUACAGGAGUAGCAAAUAUACUGAAGUUUAGUUGUC